GACCGUCAACUGCUCGUUCAUUCAAACCUAAAGGGAGAAGAAGAAGAGACACCUGAAGACAAUGAAGACCACCCUAGCAACUCUGACCCUCUGCCUGGUGCUCAUCAUGGCAACGGGCUUCCCGUUGGAGAAGGAGAAAAGGGUGCAGUUCGCCGCCUGGGACGACGUCAACGUCAUCGCCCACGGCCUCCUGCAACUGGGCCAGGGGCUCAAAGAGCACGUGGACAAAACCAAAGUCCAGAUGAGGGACAUCUUCACUAAGAUCAAGUUUUACAACCGCACUGUGAACGAGUUGGGCAAAGAGAGCCAGAGGCUGAAGGCUGAAGGGGAGGCCCUGAAGGUUCGGGCGCGGGGACUGGAGGACAGAGAGGGGCAGCUCCUCAACGUCACGGCCGAGCUCAGGGAGAAGACGGAUGAGAUGCGGCAGGAGAGGACCUCUGUGAUGGACCGCCUGAGUCGGCUGGAGGAGAGACUGGAGAAUUCGCUGCAAGCCGAUGCCAAGAAUGCCACAGAAGCGCACGGCAUCCAGAUGAUGCUGGAGGCUCAAAACAGACGCAUUGACGAUCUUAUGGCACGUAUGAGACUCCAGCAAGAGAAGUUGGACAAGCAGAACGUGCGCAUUAGAACUCUGCAAAGUCAGAUUCAACAGUCAAAACAGCGAUCGUUCAGCAACGCCGAUGGCUUCACUGCUAGCGGUUCAGCCGAGCAACGCGACUCUCCAGUCGAAAUGGCCUCUGACUGCCACGAGCUGUUCCUGCGAGGCGAGACUACCAGCGGGGUCUACACCAUCCAGCCGGACAACAUUGAACCCUUCCAAGUUUUUUGCGAGAUGACAGCCGAUGGUGGUUGGACAGUAGUCCAAAAGCGACAAGACGGAUCUGUGGAUUUUGAUCAGCUGUGGUCUGCCUACAAGAAAGGCUUCGGCAACCUCAAUGGUGAAUUCUGGUUGGGACUGGAAAAGAUCCACGCCAUCGCCAAAAACGGCGGCUACAUCCUCAAAAUCAAGUUGUCCGACUGGGGGAAUGACCUGGCAUCCAUCCGCCUCCCUUUCCAACUGGGCGGAGAAGAGACCAAGUAUUUGCUUCAGAUCCAGGAAGUCGGCACAUUCAGCCCUCUGGAGAGCGCUCUCGGCACCGACGGCGUUGCCGGUCUGCCGUUUUCCACCAGUGACCAGGACAAUGACCACAAAAAGGAUACCAGCUGCGCCAAACAUCUUUCUGGCGGCUGGUGGUUCAGUAACUGCGGUCAGUCCAACCUCAACGGGCGAUUCUUCCAGAGCCCGCCGCCCAAACAGCGGCACCAGAGAAAGCAAGGAAUCUUCUGGAAGACCUGGAGGGGACGCUACUAUCCCCUCAAGUCCAGCACGAUGAUGAUCGCCCCUGCCAUGGCUGAAUACAAGUCAUAAAAGCUAAUGGUCACAGCAGGAAAAAAAUUGAGGCAAAAGAGGGGGAGAAAGAUGUAGAUUCUGGACUAUUCUUUCUUUUUGGUAGAACUUGGUUAAAGCGCUUCAAGUUGUCGCACUAGGAUCUCCGCCAAGGCCCUCAACUUAACAAGGGAAAGGUUGUUUUUUUUUGUGUUCUCUGAGAAGUGAGCACUCUCCUUUCCCAGUGAGUCGCAGAAGGGAGGAUGAGAAAAAAAAUUUGAAUGUCACCUCCUCAGAAAGCGAGUAGAGACGCGCCCGCUGACCAGAAUUUUCUGACAAGUCAAGACUCAUCAGCAGUCAUUGGGAUGCUGAUAUGCAACACCAGAAAAGGAGGUUAGACGUCUAAUCCAUUUAAACUGAGACGGCUGUUUGAUGAUGUUUAUGUUUUAGUGCCGUUGAUGGUGAUAGACGUCCAAUGCAUUUGAAUUGGGAGUCUGUCGCCAGCAAUGGCAGCCAUUAAGGUAAUAUACAGUACAUAGAUCCUAUGUCUUUAUUUAAAAACAAAAAAGACAACAAACAAGCUGAAAAUGGAGUAAAAUUCAACGCAAACUUUUUUUAUUUUCUAGUUUUUUCAUGUGGACCAAAAUGUGACUUUGCGAAACAAAGGAUGAGCAUCAUGAGGUUAAAGUUGGGGUGCGGGGGGGUUGUGACGAAAAGUUGAAAUCACUGUAUACUGAUGAGGCUUAAAAAGUGUUGGACGAAUGUCAGCGCCAUUCUGAUGAAAAGCAUUCGGGCUAUUUCAAUCACAUGAUGUAUAUUCUUCACUUUUUUUUUUAGGGGGGGAUUUGCACAAUUGAGUCAUAUUGACUUCUUUAACCAUGUUGUAGUACAGUGUAAAAAGGAAUAAUGUUGUUACUGUUACUCUUGUGCUGUGUUCUUAUUGUCAUUGCUCACUUUUCUUAUUUAAAUGCUGUUAAAAGAAAUGUCAUAUAUUUGUAAUUUAUAUUUUCUUUUGUGAUGUUUUUUAAUGACUUUUUGGCCUUCAGGUGCCAAUAAAAUGGGUUCAAACCAGUA